AUGAAACCGGCACCAUACUUAAUUGGAAGGAUUGCUGAUCCUACAAUAGCACUGAUUUUUGGUAUUUCCAGUUAUUACCUCUAUGAAAGAAAUACUGGUAGACCAGAGAAUUACAAAUUAAACAACCUUCUCAGGGAGAAGUACCUCAAGUAA